GCGGUGCAGCGCUGGCCGAAGGAUUCAGGGCCGCCUGCCUGCGCGACAAACGCUCACCGACCCUCGCCCUGCUCCACCCAACCGCGCGGUCCCAGUCUUUUGCCUUUCCAGCGCCGCCCGCUCGGGACAAGGUUUGGCGCUAAUGCAAGCAUCGAGCACGCUCCUGCUGCUGCUGCUGCCACUGCUUGCCUCGCUGCUGGCCAUGCCUGUCCUGCCUGUCGUCGUCCACCAAUUCCACCGUUGCCUCUUCGUAUUAAACCAAUCCACCGCCCUAGGGUCUCGCCAUGCUGACACCUGCCCGCCCGCACGCCCUCUCUUCUUCAUCUCGGUCGCAUCUCUGGCUCUGAUGUAGACACCCUUUGCUCUGAUCGAUCGAGCCCCCUCCCACUCGCGCCCACACAUAUACUCCCCAAUCGCAUCCUCCCUCCACCGCCCCCGCCUUACCGUCUCCGAUGGAGACCAUGGACUACAGCUACUUCCCGCCCGGCGGGCACACCUACUCCUCUUACAUGCAGUACGCCGGUCAACGAGCCAACAGCUACCAUGGCAGCGUCGAUGCUAGCCCGGGCAUGGAGAACCCGCUGGAUGCCAACAGCUUCCUUGCCGGCUCUUUCGACUACUCCGCCUUCGAUCCGUCACUGGGCGGCGCCGCGAGCUCCGGCCUCACCCCGCUUCCGAGCACUUCCGGCUCUCCCACCGCGCAACAGCUUUCUCUGAUCUCCAACGGUUCCGUCGACAGCGGCAUCGCUCUUGACAUGGACGAUGGCCAGCCGAGCCGACGGGGCAGCAGCGAAGAGAAGGACAUGUUGACUCCGGCGCAGUCGCGGAGGAAAGCGCAGAACCGAGCAGCACAACGAGCGUUUCGCGAACGCAAAGAACGACACGUCCGCGAUCUCGAAGCCAAACUCAACCUUCUCACCACCACCACGUCCUCCCUGCAAUCCGACAACGAACGCCUCAAACUCAUGCUGCAGCGUGCGCAGACGGAAAAUGAAAUACUCCGCGCCACCGCCACCUCCUCCUCCCCGCCACAUCUCUCCUCCGCCUUCGUCGACGAUUCCACAUUCCUCCCCUCCUCUCGCCCCCGAAAGUUCCCGUCGCGGAGUAACUCACAUCGCUCCUCCGCCGCCUUCCUCGGCACCGACUCCCCCCGCCGAGCGUCCGGCACCAACACUUCCGGCGAUGGACAUCUCCUCUCCGCGAGUGCCACUUGGGAUCUCCUGCAGUCACACCCCCUCUACCUCUCCGGCGCCGUGGACAUUGGAGAGGUGUGCGAGCGCUUGAAGAAGAUGGCGCGGUGCGACGGCAUGGGACCGAUGUUCGAGGAGGGCGAGGUGCGACGGGUGAUUGAGCAGGUGGGACGGAGCGGAGGCGACGAACUCAUAUGACGCUUGCCGAUGGCUAGUGUUUUGCGGUGCGGUUGAUUUGUAACGGUUGUACUCUUAGAAGGCACGGGUAAUGUGCGGAUGUCGGAUGAGGCAUCAUCAUCGUCACGGACUCAGGCAUUGGCCGACUGGAUAGCGACGGACUACUAUUCUACGACGGAAGGACGGCAACGGACGCUUGCUGGCCAGGCAGGCACUGCGAUUGGGAGGCACAAGUACCUCGCUCGGCGCAACAACUAUCAGAUUUUGGCAUAUACCCCCUAUUUGAAGAUCGAUUUAUGCUGUGUAUCUUAUUCUGACUACGUGUAUGGACUGGGAGCAGGGGCCGAUCUUGCUCGAA